ACUUACUAUGACAAUCCAACUAUUCAGACGAAGGAUGUCUAGCUACGCUUUCCGCAUCGCGCCGUCGAUACAGGCCACAAGCAAGCCGCCGAUUCCGCAGGCGUACAAAUGGGCGGAGGCGUACAAGCCUCAGCCAGGAAGACCGCUACUGGACAUGUCACAGGGCGUCCCGGGCAUACCUCCGCCGAAGCCCCUGCUCGACGCACUUGCACUUGCGGCUUCGGACCCAGAGAGCUGUGGGUACGUGGCCAAUGCAGGCGAACCAGCGUUGCGCGAUGCUGUCGCAUCGGAGAUGAAGACAGUGUACGGCGAGAGCACGGACGUCACGGCAGACGACGUCUUUAUCACGGCAGGCUGCAACCUCGCGUUCACGGCCGCCAUCAUGGCCGUUGCGCAGAAGGAUGACGAAGUUAUACUUCCGGUCCCUUGGUACUUCAACCAUGAAAUGACGCUCUCCAUGCUCGGUAUCAAGCCUGUCUGGCUGAGAACACGUGCGGAAUUGGGGUUCCAGCCUUCAGUCGAGGAGUGCGAGAAGCUGAUCACCUCUUCGACGCGCGCGGUCGUGUUGGUCACACCGAACAACCCAACAGGUGCUGUGUAUUCUCCAGAGCUAAUUGCCUCGUUCGCUGUCCUGGCAUACAAACAUUCCAUCCCAUUGAUCAUGGACGAGACCUACCGCGACGUCAUCAGUACUGGCCCGCCUCAUCAUCUCUUCUCAAACAAGCCUGUGCUCCCCAAGUCACUUCCGUCUGGCUUGGCCCUACCAGCAGACUGGAACUGGCGGCGGACACUGAUCCAUCUGUUCUCCUUCUCCAAGUCAUAUUGCAUUCCUGGGCAUCGCCUCGGGUUGAUCGUCUCGUCGCACGAUCUGAGCUCGGCAGUCAACACCGCGCUCGACAACAUACAGAUCUGCGCCCCACGCCCGCCUCAGCGUGCACUUGCGCCCCUGCUCCCCUCUCUGCGCCCGUUUGUCCAGGAAACUGCGCGGGCGAUUGACGCGCGGCACAAACUCUUUAGGGCGCACCUUCCCGAGCGGUGGCACAUUGGGAGCCAGGGCGCUUACUAUGCGUUUGUGCGUCAUCCGUUUAAGGACGUCGAUGCCGCAGAUGUAUGUAAGAAGCUGGCGGAGGAUAUUGGAGUGCUUUGCUUGCCCGCGGGCUUCUUUGGUCCGGGACAGGGAGGCCGUGCUGAGGGCGGUAUGGGGAAGUGGAUCCGGUUUUCGGUCGCCAACGUGGAUGAUGAGAAGGUGAAGCGGGUAUGUGAGCGGUUGAGGGAGUGCGAGCGAGCGUUUGGGUGGGCGAUGGAUUAACUGCUUACAAGACCUGCCAGAACCAUACUCUGGCAGUAAGUACGAUGCCAUCUUUUCCUGUGUCGCGAAUAAUGCUAUGGACUCUGUACUACGAUU